UUAUAAAGAUGUUGUAUCAACGUUUGGCGGGAAUCAUUUGUUUUCCCUGUUUAGAAAUUAUUAAAUCAUGAACAGUAAUUAUUAACUUUACAAAAUGAAUUAUAAUGUUAUUUCGGAAGGAUUUGGACGUUUGCAGUUCACAAAUAUACCCCAAGAUCAGAUUGAGAUAGUGACAUCAUCAGAAUUUACGGACUCCCCAAAUUUUAUUCUCGAGUUUUCUUCAACCACAAACCAACUGAUCAUUCAAGUUAUCGAUGAAAUUAAGAAACCCUCGAUUGGUGGAGAGGAUAGAUAUACAAUUUGGGAUGUAUUGAAUGAUAGUGGAAUUAGCCAUCCAUGUGUACAAGUUUGGAUUUACCAUGUUCUAUAUACUGGCUUGUUGGCAUCAGCAACAUUUGAUGAGAAACGUCGAUGUCUUCUUGCUGCUCAGUUGUAUUUCCUAUUACUUAAACAGCCAGGCAGCAGUGGUAGCUUAUUCUAUCAUCUCAUCUUGUUUGAAAAAUCAUGUUCUGCUUUAAAAAUGGCUGCAAGUGUAGAUGUUGAUUCAAGUAGCAAGAAAAAGAAGAAAUCUGCACCGACUGCAUCCCAGCAACACAGAAUGACUCUUUCACAAGAAAUUGAAAUUGGCCCGGAUAAUGCAGAUGAAGCAAAUCUAACUUGGGAUGAAAUCACUCGCAUCCUCUCCUCUCUUCCCUCGCUCCUCAAUGAUGUUUGUCAUCUUUUGGAAGUUUACUCGCUUAAAGAUAAACAAACGUCCCUCACCCAACUUGUUGAGGCGCUUGUAGAAAUUUUAAAGCAUGAUGGUCAGACUGCCUCAACAGCUCAAAACAGUGAUUCCAUUGGAACACUAAGUGAAUUGGUUGUCAAAGCUUUUCGACUUGUGGUUAAUAAAAAACAUGGCGCAAUAACUCAGUUGGUUCAUCUCGUGUUCCGUCUUCUUAUGACAACAAUAACAAUGAAAGCUGCCACUAAGUGUGGGAGUGGGUGUGUUUCAAAAGUGUUUAUACAUCGAGCAGAGGUGGCCCUUCAUGGGGUCUCACUUAUAUGUGAAGAUCAUGGAGACACGGCACAUCAGACAACAAGAACUCUCAUGCAGAAUGUAAUAGGGCAGAGCCCAGAUCGAAGUGACUUUCGACAUCAAACCGGACUUUUUGUUGCGAACUUUAUUUACAAGAUGCCUGUGUUGUGGUAUGCAGAUUUUGUAUCAUGGACCGCAAGGCUGGCGAAUGAUAUCAAGAUUGGAAACAGAGUUGGAGCGGUUGUUCUUAUUGGUCACCUUCUUCACCAAUCAGAGCGCAGAGCUGAUCCAGAAAAAGAAAUAUCUUCAGAAUUAGAACAAUGUCUUUCUCAUAAGUUUUUAUUGAAAGUUAUCGUUAACAAAAUAAAAGAUAUUGCUCCAACUGUACGAUCCAAAUCACUUCUUGUACUUGCUGAAGUUAUGGAUAAGAAACUCAUUUCAUCGAGUGUGUUCAAUGCUCUGUUUAAAAAAAGUUCAGCUGACCCCAUUACUCCAUUACCAAUCAACCAAGAGUCUUUUCUAAUAUCUGAGGCUUGUGUGGGCGGCCUUAUUUCGCUUCUUUGUGAGCGAUCAUCGGACUUAAAGCUCACCGUUCGUCGUAGCUCACUCCUUGCGAUAAAGUCGACAAUAUGUUCCCACUCUGCCCCACCUAACUCGAAGUUUCUUGUUGCCCUCGGUAACGGUUGUCGAGACCCGAUGUUAAGUGUGAGGAAGUGCGCCAUCCAGUGCGCAACUGAUGUUCUUGACGCACACAGUAAUAUAAGGGAGGUUCGAGAAAUGUGGGUACAAGGAGUGUUUACUAGAGUGGAGGAUACCGAGGCAUCUGUACAGGAGAAAACACUAAUUUUAAUGGAAGAAAAAAUACUGGAAGGAAUGAUCAGUUCCAAUCAAGAAAAGAAAAUUCUUUCUUGGGACCUGCUUAACUUUCUUUCAACGGAAAAGGGAAAUAAAUUAAGGGUUUACUUACAAAAAGCAAUACGACAGUGGAACCAGCAAAAGAAAAUCAACAAAAGUUUGGUUCAAAAUGUUGUGUGUGGUUUAGACAAUGCUGAUCAGAAAGUAUCAGCUUGGAUGACAUUACGAAUGAUGACACUUUACCACAGCGAUCCAAUCACAGCGUGCCACAUCAUUGAAAAUUGGAAAACUUCCAACUGUGACCAAUCCCUUAUCACUUUACAGGUUGAUAUGAUUUGCUCAGUAGGACAAGUUGCACAAAAUCUUAAUUCAACUGAUAAGAAAGCAGUGCUGGCGAGAUUAGCUACCAGCAUUGAGACAUAUACAUGCCCGAUUCAUCUUAUCAACCACACUUGUGAAGCGAUCGAAAAAUUUCACCAAGCCAUCCAUGAUAAUGAUAAAGAUUCAACGACAUCCAUGAUGAAAUGGACGGAGAAAGUUUUAAAUACUACUGACCGAUGGAUGCAUGAUAUUAUGACAUCAUCAAAGUAUGACAAUGAUUUGUUGGUAACUCACUUGUACACAGUUGGUGACUUGGCACAAAGACACCCGGACAAAGUUCCAAAAUCUUUAUUAUUUUCUGUACAAGCUUUGCUUACCAAUCCAAAUACUGUGGAUCAAACUGCAUCAAACAGCCAGGUUUUGUCGCAACCCUUAUCUCAGUUCCGAUCUGGGGAAAUUCCCUCUUCUAUCAGAGCUCACACAAUUUUUAACCUCGGUCGAAUUUGUUUCCGGAACAAAAAACUCGCAAAGAAAUGCGUUCCUGCCAUAGCCAGGGAACUUGAGAUUUGCGAAAACGAAGCCGUUCGUAACAACGUCCUGAUUGUCCUCACCGAUUUGUGUGUCAUUGAAACACAACUUGUUGAUCCUUUUCUAUCAGACAUGGCAACUUGUCUUGGUGAUGAGUCAGCAGUUAUUCGAAAACACGCAGUCGUCUUAAUCAGCAGUUUAUUACGGAGAGAAUUCAUCAAAUGGAAGGGAACACUUCUGUUCAAGUUCCUACACGCAAUUUGUGACACAAACUCAGACAUUAGAACGUUAUCUCGCUAUUGUCUGCUGGACCAACUUCUGCGUGGACAAUCUGCUGGCGACCUUUUCUUCAGGAACUUUAUCGCUUGCCUGUUUUACUUCAAUGAUUAUAACGGACAUAGUGUGCAUAGGUUUAAAAAGUCAGAAAGAGAGAAAAAGUUGUUUAACUUGUCUGGCACCCCUGGGUUGGAGAAAAGGAUGGAAAUUUAUGAAUUUCUGCUCGAAAAUAUGAUUGAUGAACAUAGAAUUAAUCUCACAAUGAAACUUUGUGAAGAUGUACUAGGUGCAGUUGUUGACAAGGUUAUUCCUUUAAACAAAGAAACGCAGCACAUACUGACAGACUGCUUGGCAGUUCUCUGUUGUAAGGAAAUCCGUCUAAAAUGUUUAAAGACAAAAGAAGAUGGAGAUGAUGAUGUCAUCAUGUCAACUCAAGCGGAAAGGGGUGCAGCGUUGAAAAAUGAAAUCAAUCAGAAAAUUAUAUCACAGGUUGUGAAAGAAAACCUUGUUCAAAACAUCAUCCCAAUUAUUAUUGGUUUAAAGAAUAUGCUGGUUGAAAUACACAGCCCAUUAGUUAAGAAUGUUAUGCUAUACCUGAAGGAAGUGAUGCAGGAAUAUCGGACAGAGGUUCAAGCGAUCCUCACCUCUGAUAAACAACUUGCAUCCGAGAUCGAAUUUGAUCUAAAGAGGUUCGAGAGGGAGGAGCAGGAAAGAGAGGAGCAAAUGAGGAGGAGGAAUGUUGAAAACAUUCCUCCAAUGGCAGCAACACCAAGAACUGCAACACAACAUUAUUUUAACGCACAUGAACUAACAUGUUAUACAGCUGCUGAUCAUGUAACACCUCAAACCCCAAUGAGAGCAACCCCCAAUAUACCAUUCUCUCCACACAAUCCAGUGACAGCCACAACAUCUGCUCGAAGAAAUUGGCCAAUGAACAUUGAAGGAAUAGUUCGUUCCGCUCGGAAAACUCUCGGAAACGUUGUACGACCUUUGACCCCAGCACGUCAACCAACAACAGUAAUAACUUUAACUGCUCCGUCAGUUCCAGAAAGUUCUCUUUCCUCAAAUACAAACAUUCCACCCCAUCCUGCCACCCCAACACAGGAGACAUAUGAGUCGUCUAAUGAAGCACGAGCUGCAUCCACACCAUGUGCCGAUAAAAACGGCGAAAUCACGUUCUUAGCAAAAGACAUUAGUGCCAUCAUAUCACCAACUGCUUCUAAACCAAAGAAAAAGAAACGUCUGCUGUUACUGCCGCAUCCUGAAGAGUGUCCCCUGCCAGUUCCGUGGGACGUGACGUCACCCAGUCCUCACAGGGCGUCGCGCAUAAGGCGGCAAUAUGCUCGUUCCCACGAUACCACCAACCCUACCUGAGUCUUAGAAUAAUUGUUAAUAGUAUAAUAAUAAGUCACGCUGAGCGCAUGGUCACGAUUAAUACCGUCGGAAACAACGCGAUACUUUUCGUUGAAUUUCGUUCAUAUUUAGCUCUACAGGGGAGAUUGACCGUCUGUGGUUUUUAAUGUACUGAUUAAACAGCUCCCAGCAGGUUG